UUCCGUUUUCUUAACCCUAUUGCGUUGCUUGCGUCGCCUCUGUAUCCGGAAGUGCUCUCCUAGCUCGAGAGGAAGAUCAAAGACUAGGUUGUAGGAAAAGCAAAUAGAAGCCAUGUUUCGGAGACCUGUAUUACAGGUGUUUCAUCAGUUUGUAAGACGUGAGUCUGAAAUAGCCAGCAGCUUGGUUCUUGAAAGAUCUCUGAACCGUGUGCAGCUCCUUGGGCGAGUGGGUCAGGACCCCGUCAUGAGACAGGUGGAAGGGAAGAACCCGGUCACAAUAUUUUCUCUAGCAACGAAUGAGAUGUGGCGGUCAGGGGAGAGUGAAGUAUACCAAAUGGAUUUAGGUGAUGUCAGUCAAAAGACGACAUGGCACAGAAUAUCAGUAUUCCGACCAGGCCUCAGAGAUGUGGCGUAUCAGUAUGUGAAAAAGGGGUCCCGUAUCUAUGUGGAAGGGAAAGUCGACUAUGGUGAAUACACAGAUAAAAACAAUGUGAGGCGACAGGCAACAACAAUCAUAGCUGAUAAUAUUAUAUUUCUGAGUGACCAGACCAAAGAAAAGGCAUAGAGUGGACGAUUCUUCUUUGGCCAUUGUUUGGUACGGUCUCAUUUCCAAAUCACGUAUAGUCUUUAUAGUUCCUAAGGACAAGAAUUAAAAUAUUCUUUUAUAUAAAAUGAGUAAUAAUACUUUUGACUGUUCCUCCCCCUUGUCUCAUAAACCUUGGUAGCUAAUUGUUUAUUCUUUUAGGGAUGGUUUCUGUGUACAAGAGUAUAAAACAGAUGAACUCGGGUUCAUCUAUGUUAUGGCAAAAGGAUAGGUGUCCUUUGGGAUGGCCUCUUGCUUUUUAUACACGCUUGUAUUAUCGUACUGAUCCAGCCACUAAAUAUUCUAUGUCAGGCCUUUAUCCCAUGGUUGUGAAUAAUGAUUUUCUUACUGUUUAUAAACCAAAUGGCGAGGACUGUAUGUUUUUUGUUUCCUGCACCUUAACCAGUGCUUGGCACAGAAUAGGUACUCGAUAAAUGUUGACAGAUGAAUGAUCCCAAUGGGAUAUUAAGCUUCAGCCCAAACUGAAGGGGGUUGCUGAACAGGGGUUGGUAUCUAACCUAAACCUAGCUUUAAGACUAACCUACUUUCUUCACAUCUUUUGUUUUUGGACAGAUUUCACUAGUAGCACUUAUGAAAUAGAGUUUAUCAAUAGUAGAGACGCAAAAUAUAAGUAGGGAUGAACUAGUUCAUUUCCAGGUGAUACCACAGGGGCUCUGGUUCCGCUAGUUUCUGUCUUUCUAAGCCCCAUUCUCUAUCCUUUUAGUCUCACCCAGAACUUGGGGGAGUCCCCUAAACAACCUUUGACAUUGCCUCUGUAGGUUAGAGCCUGAGGUGUGACAUUUUCCUUUUAUUUUUCCACCUGGUCUCUUGAUGCACAUACAAAGAUCAUUGUGUACACACGAUUACUUUCAUUAUGAGAUUCUGGAAAUUACAGAGUACUACUAAUUUCCUAUUAAGUAUUACAUAAAGUCAAGUCUGUUUUUCAGUGCCUCUUGUACUUUUUAGGUUUGCAUCAGACCUCCGCAGGUCUGCUAGCUGGCUGUGCCUGUUUAGAAUUGGCCACUGUCGAGCUGGUUGUCCAGUUCAAGUUGUAGCAGUCCCUCAUUCUGUCUCGGCCACUCAGGCUCCAGCUUUGCCUCCAGCCCAGCCUGUUUUUUGGUGCCCUAGACUGCAUGUCUUGUCCCCUGUGCCCCUGCCCGAGAGCAGGGUGCUGACUGUGGUUUAGGUCAUGCUAGACUGUCACGGGUUCCCGGUUUACAUGCUGCCUUAUGGACCCACACCUGAGCCCCUUUUUGCGCUUAUGGUACAGUUGGGUCAGGGUAAAGAUGGAAUUCUUCAGCUUUUCUCUCUUCUUGUCCAGGAACAGUAGAAAAGGAAUUGCCGUUUCCUCAUAUCAGCCGUCUUUUUUCCUGCAGCUGGGACCAUUAAUCAGUACAUGAACUCUGCUUUGUGAGGAAACCUGAAACUGCGUGGUUAAGUAACAUGUCAAAGUCAUGCAGCUUAUCAGAGGCACAGCUGGAGUUUGAGUUUAGGUAUGUGAAGUUUGCAUUUUGUUCUCUGCCUACAGUCUGCUUCCCACUGUGUCCCACCUCCACUGGCCCAACUAUCCAGAACCCCCACUGCUAACUUUUAGCCCUGCAGGGUGUGUCUAAGUCACCCUGGGAGUUCCACUGCAUCAUAGGUUUUGGCUGGGGGUAGAAUUAGGGAGAAAUACCACCACCUCGUUAUUCUUUCUCAUUAUCAGUCUGAUGAUCCUAUAGGAAAAUAGAUCACAGUUAAUUUUUCUGCUAGGUUAUCUUUACUGAUUCUUCUUGAUCCCUUGUUAUCAAGCCAUGUUUCUUUACUGGUUAAAAUAGGUUAUGGCGUCUCCUCCUUUCAUUGUUCCUUCUAAUUGUUUCCUUCCUACGAGAGUUGAAACUGUCAGCAAGAUUGUGCAAGAAUUUGACAGGCUCACUUUUUAGAGAAUGAGAGUGUUGGCAGGCGUCAACGGCGUUAUACCCCCCCUCUCACUACUGUAUAUGUCCCUGUGCUGUUCCCACAGUCUGUGAUAGGAUGGUGUGUAGCUUUUUAGGUUGUCCCAAGUCAUGCAGACACAAUAAUGAAAUUUCUCUUUUUUUGUCUGUACUCUUCAUCCGUUUGCUUUGGACCUCAGGGUGGUGUUUGUCCAUACAGGUCUACACCUUAACAUUUUGCAGUUUUCCUGCUGCACCUCUCCUUUGAAAAGGUGGUUUAACUUAAUAGUUGUGUUAGUCGCACAGCCUGGAUUUGCUUCACUUACCACCUGAGUGACCUCUGCUGAGUUUCUUAACUUUCCCUGCCUCGGAUUUUUUGUCGUUUUGUUUUCCUGUGGAUAAAACAGGGAUGAUAGUAGUCCUACUUCAUAAGCCUGCUGGGAGGAACACAGUGAAUAAUACAUAUAACUUACUUGGCACAUACUAACUGAACCCAGUGCUCGGUGCCUACUGGCCAUUAUUACUGUUGUUUGUAGUUACUUUAAACAAGGCAUAUCCCUUUCAGUCACCAUGCCCAUCCCCCCAGUCUCACGGGACACUUCUGGGAGCCUGUAAACUUUAGAUUAGUUUAUUGUACUUGACCUUUCUUGUUGUUAAUGUCUGUGGAUUACUGAGAAUGUAGUCCACUUUAGUAGUGUUUUUUGGUUUGCUUUUAAUCUUCCGUGGCUAUUUACAGUUAAUCUGAGCAUCUUUUUAAACUUAAAAGUCACUUGGGCACCUGCUUUAAACCUUGCAAGCAUACAGGCCUGGAUAUAGGGAUAAAUAUAACAGGAUUACUGCAUUGAAGGGACUCACAAUCUAGGAUGAUGGGGGCUGGAUGGGGAGGACAGAGGCAGAAGCCUGUGUACAAAGCGUGCUGUGGUGUGAGGAGUAGUCUAGUGAUGGUAGAAAUAAAGUCCUGUGGACACAGGUGAGAAUAGUUAUUAGAUUGGUUUUCAGCAGAGGAAACAGCAUGAACAAAGGUCCAGAAACAUAAAAGCGUAUGGAUCCGUGAAAGAUAAAACAUGAAAAAGGCGUUGGGGCUGGAUCAUAAGAGCCUUGAAAGCUUACAGAGGACUUUGGCAGUGGGGAGCUGCAUGUUUUGAAAUGGGCAUAUCGGAACUGUGCUUGAGAAAGAAGUGAAGGCCUGGGAAGGGUUAGAAGUGGGGAAAGCUUGCAGGCCGUUAGGAAGCUCCUGCAAGAGCCUCGAAAGGUUAGCAGAGUGUGCAUUACAGGGGACAUGUGGGGAGUUUGGGGUUCAUGUUGGUUCGUUCGCUGUGCAACAGUUAUGUGCCAGACCCCGUGCUGCGCUCCAGGUUAGGGAUACUGAGAGCAUGGAACUCCUGUCCAGGACACCCUGGGGACAGUAGGUGCUGGUGGGAAGAGAAGGGCCACGAAGAGAUCAUUCUGAAGCUGCUCGGGCAAGGUAUGUGGAUAGUGACGUUUUGUUUCUGAGACUAAGAAACAUGAACGUGGGAACAGGUGUGAGAAGAGGGAAGAUCAGGAGUAGUUCUGAACAUAGCCGAGUUGUAGACUUCCUGGCUUCUAUUUGAUGAUUAACGAGUGGAGCUCAGAAGAGAAGUUGAGACGAGGGACUUUUUCUUCUGCUAAACACAUUUUAAGCAUAUUUUGUGAGAUAACAAAUGUUGCCAGGAUUCCAGCUUUCUGCUGUGGAAAACCGUAUCGUGGGAGAGGUUUCCAGUGGCUUACCUAUUUUACAAUAUAGGUGGGAUUUGUGUUAAUCCGGUGUGGUAAGAUGACAGACAUAAAGAAACUGUCUUGAAAGAGGAGUUUAUUCUGGUUGCCAAGAGGAGGGCACAUGCCACACCACUAGAGCCACCGGGGGAGCCCCAGGGCAGGCCUAAAGCUUUUAUUGCGAUUUUUGUGGGACGAAUGAUUUUCACCAGGCUCCGGGCCGAAGAGGGGGGUCUCUAGUUGUCUGGUACCUUUGAGCAGAGAAACAGUGUUCUGGACUGCAGGAGCCUGAUAAAAGGAGGCUGAUGGCAGGUAUGGAAUCAGGAUUGGUUGGUUUGCAUAUGAAAGACAUGCUCUUGGGCAAGUGUUUACUAUUUCCAGGAAUUAGCUAAUGUUGGGAAGGACUUAGUUCCUCCCAGGGUCUGCCAGACUCCAGGAUGUCAAAGCAUCAUAAAAUACAGAAAAUAAGAAACGUGAUGAAUACACUGCCCAAUAUCCAUUAUUAUCCUUUCUACAGAACCCAUUAAUUUACAGAGCCCAUGUUUUAUUGGGGGUGACAGUGUGCACGGCUGAAAUACUGCAUUCCUGUUCUCCUUUGCAGUUAACUGUUGCUAAGGGGGUAGAAGCAGACGCCAUUUGGUGGUGCUUCCAGGAAAGCCCCUUAAAUGAUUAGCUCUGUUGGGAGGCUCAUCCUUUGUGCUUCUCCAGACCCUCACCUGGCUUUUUCUGGUCUGAAAUGUGGACAUGAUGACUGAGAGUCUCCAGUAGCCAUUUUAGACCACAAGACUAUCUGCAGGAUGGAAGAUGGAAGAGGCUGGAGUCCGUGAUGACCAUGGAACCACCAUCGCAGUCCUGGACAGUCUACCUCUGGACUUCUUUGGGAGACACAAAUAAAUCUCUACCUUGUUUAAGCCA